AGUGGCACACAGUGUCGCGUGCUACAAAGAGACACAUGUUAUACGUACUGGAGAGAGAGCGAGCAAUAAGCGAGUUAUUGUCGAAUAGGUCAUCGACUAUCGUCUAUAACAAUAACCAGAAGCAAGAUUUUCUCGUUAUACUGUGUUGAGGGAGAGGGAGGCGUCCAAGAACAUCCUUGACACUACAGCAGCGAGCUGGUAUAUAAAGCGUCCGCUGCCUCCCACCAAGUACUUCCACUCCUGCUAAGAUGAAGAUCGUAUUGGUGCUCAGUUUAGUGGCGGCGGUGAGCAGUGAGCUUCCCCCAACAACCUUCAACCAAUUUUCCAAUCGACCAGUCCACCGCCGUCCCCCACAUUCAUUCCAACGCCGUCCCGUUCAAUCAUUCCAAAGGCCAUCCUUUGGUGGCGGCUUCCCAACUCAACCAAGGUUCCCGUCUCCACCCAGACCUGCUCCUCAGCCAUCUAAUGUCCCGGUUGACGAGACCUCGGGCCGCAGUCAGUACUACUUCUCUUGGAGACACGACAAUGGAAGGAAGUACACUGGCGAUCAAGCCCAUAGUGUGUGCACAAGCCUGGGCGGCGGGUGGCAGCCUAUUGGCAUCAGUUCCAGGGAAGAGAUCCAGUUAGUCAUUAGAGCUAUCGGCAGAGACAACGUGGAGUACAUCUGGACUGGUGGUGUGAGGUCGGGCAGAGGAUUUGUAUGGGUGAAUGGCGAGCCUUUCACUGUUGAUGACUGGUCACACACAGGAGGACUCGGCCGACCUCAGCCCGACAACCGAGAGAAUGGGAACGAGAACUGUCUGUCCGUCCUGAACAACAUCUACGGUGAUGGCAUCAAGUGGCACGACGUGGCCUGUCACCACCCGAAGGCUGUCAUCUGCGAGAAGCACAUAUAACUGUCUCUCCUCUCACACACUUCAACAUGCCAGGAAGAUCAAUGUCUGAGCAUAAAGUGUGACGUCUUAUCUUCCUACUAAAGAAAAAAAAGGCUGCAUGCACUUUAAUGUUUUCCUCUCUGGCUUUGAAAUAAUUAAAAAAAUAUUUAUUGUUCAUAAAUUUCAGUUUCUUUGAAAUACAACAUAUACAGUAAAAUAUUAGUAGUCUGA